AUAUUCUUCUGCUUAACUUCAUUGCCUUCAUUCUUGCGUUUUUUUCCCAAAACCAUAGCUGUUUGUGUGAGUUAAAGAACAGUUGAUGCUGUUGAAAUUGAAGAGAACCCAAUUGAUCAAGAGUAUAGCCUGAAUUGAAAGUAAAUCCAAUUCUGCAGGCUGCAAAAUACUAAAAAUAGUUUGACAAUAAGAUGAACAUCCUUCGCGCUUUCUGGAACAGUCCCACUGGCCUCAAAACAACCCACUUUUGGGGUCCUGCUUUCAACUGGAGCCUCCCUCUUGCGGCAGCAAUGGACACAAAGAAACCACCAGAAACGAUAUCUGUCAAUAUGACUGGAGUUAUGUGCGUUUAUUCGGCAUCGUUCAUGAGGUUUGCUUGGGUGGUGCGACCACGUAACCUACAUCUUCUUGUAUGCCAUGUAACCAAUGAGACUAUGCAAUUAUAUCAACUCUCAAGGUGGUUCAGAGCUCAAAGAGACCUUGAGCAGAACAAAAAGGAAGCAGAUUCGGAGUGAAAGUGAAACGUGUUUAUUUGUUCGCAAGGAUUGAACUUCAGUUCUUCCAUAUUUAUUCAAUCCCUUUUUUUACCACUAAGAUAAUUCCGGUGGUUAUUGAAACAUGUUUGUUUUUGAACAAUCAAGUUCAAAGAAAAUAUUGCUGGAAUAAUGACAUUAAAGUAUCAUUAACAGUUUUAUACAUAUAGGAAUGUCAACGGAACAAAAUAAGUAAGCAGUAAUUUAGAGUAAGCAGUAAUUUUUACUAAAUUACUGUUUGUCUCGUUGGAUAAAUAUUUUUUUUAAUCUAUUUUUAUAUUUGUGAGGAUAUUUAUUAAAUGA